GUCAAAAUAUGGUUCCAAAACCGACGCAUGAAAGAGAAGAAACGACAGAAGGAGCAGGCGUUUUUAGCACGCGGUGGAAAUGCAACGGUACCUUGCGAGGUCCCGCAGCAGCAACAAGCGAUCAGCCGAGACGCUAACGCUUGGUCUUCCGAAUCACCCUCCAGCACGCCAAAUGAUUCCCCGAAGCUGAUUGCACCACCUCCUGCGGUUCAAUUGCAUUAA